CCAAGGUGUUUCAACUCAUUAGGGCACGUGGACAAGGUCUGCCUCCGCAACCAGCUUCUGUUUGAGAAUCCCACUAACUCCUGAGCACAGCUCUCCCCUGGCGCUCUGUGCAGAGGGUGUCUCUGGCCCAGGACUAUACGAGGAUUGAGCCAGAAGGAAGGGACAGCACAGAGCCAUGAACGUUGUCUUGGAUCUCCUCCUGCUUCUGAUCACCAUCAUCUACUCCUACUUGGAGUCACUGGUGAAGUUUUUCAUUCCCCAGAGGAGAAAAUCUGUGGCUGGGGAGAUCGUCCUCGUUACCGGAGCUGGGCACGGAAUAGGCAGGCUGACUGCCUACGAAUUUGCAAAACGGCGGAGCAGACUGGUUCUGUGGGAUAUUAAUAAGCAUGGUGUUGAGGAAACUGCAGCUGAAUGCCGAAAACUAGGGGCCACGGCGCAUGUGUUUGUCGUAGACUGCAGUAACAGAGAAGAGAUUUACAGCUCUGUAAAUCAGGUGAAGAAAGAAGUGGGUGAUGUAACCAUCGUGGUUAAUAAUGCUGGGGCAAUAUAUCCAGCCGAUCUUCUGAGUACCAAGGAUGAAGAGAUUGCCAAAACGUUUGAGGUCAACAUCCUAGGACAUUUUUGGAUCACAAAAGCACUUCUUCCAUCAAUGAUGAGGAGAAAUCAUGGCCACAUUGUCACAGUGGCUUCCGUGUGCGGCCACGGAGUAAUCCCUUAUCUCAUCCCAUAUUGUUCCAGCAAAUUUGCUGCUGUUGGCUUUCACAGAGCUCUGACAUCGGAACUUCAAGCCUUGGGAAAAACUGGUAUCAAAACCUCAUGUCUCUGCCCAGUUUUUGUCAAUACUGGGUUCACCAAAAACCCAAGCACAAGAUUAUGGCCUGUAUUGGAGACCGAGGAAGUUGCAAGAAGCCUGAUAGAUGGAAUACUUACCAAUAAGAAAAUGAUUUUUGUUCCAUCAUAUAUCAAUAUCUCUCUAAUACUAGAGAAGUUUCUUCCCGAACGUGCUUUGGCAGCCAUAAAUCGUGUACAGGAUAUUCAAUUUGAAGCUGUUGUUGGCCACAAAAUCAAAAUGAAAUGAAUAAAAUAAGCUGCAGCCAGAGAUAGAUGCACGUUAAUGAUAUACCUCUAAGUUUAGAGUCAAUGAUUUAAAGCUCUAUUUCACAUUUUCUGGUCGUGUUGAUAUUAAAAACAUUGGUUUGGCACUAGCAGCAGUAGAAUGAACAAGACUAAUUACCUGUCUUUCUGUUUUGCAAGAAUAUUAACGUACUUUUUAAUAGUCGGAUCCGUUUUUCAUCCAUAUCUCUUAAAAAUUUCUGUGCUUACAUAAACAUACUUAAAAGGUCAUUUUUCUUUAAGAUAUAUUAUUUUGUUUCUUUCCAUUUAAAGGUGGACAAAAACUACCUUCCUGAGAGUAAAUACAAAGAGAACUGAUUUACACAGGGAAGGUUUAAGACUAUUCUCAAGUAGCCUUCCAACCUGUAGCCAAGCCACAGAACGUCAACAAAAACACGGAGUUCUCGGUUGGAGAUAAGCUUACGCAGGAAGCUGGGCUCCAAAGGACCAACAGGUUACUCUCUAAGACUUUGCAUUUGGAGGAUUUUAACCUCUUCCUUUUUCAUCAGCUCAAAACACUGCAACCAUAUUCUGGAAUUUAUUACUUAAUUCUUUGUUUAACUCUCAUGUCUACCAAAAGUGGAACCUCUAUACUUUCUGUCCUCUUCAUAAUCUCUUAAAAUACUACCCUAUAUUACACUACAGAAGACCACUGACUCUAUUUUGAAUUUGAAUAUCUGAAGUUCUAAGUCCAUGAUAAACUCUUUCCUUGUAGUUUAUGUUUUCACGUAUCACUGAUCCCAGAGAUGUUUAGACAGUUUUGAGGUUCGAAAGUUUGAUUUCGAUUUGAGGUAUGUAUUAGUCUGGAAAGGCAGUAUAUGUGCAUUUACAUACAUAUUGGCACAUUUGUGCAAACAUUUUACAAAAUAAAUUGCUAAAAAUAGAAAUGUUAGGCCAAUGGGUAAGAUCAUCAAAAUUUUGGACAAAUACGGUCG